UCCGGCUUUGUCGGUAAAUAGAGUUUUGUCAUUCUUGAGUGGAGUCAUUUCGUAUUUUGCAUUUUGGAUUAACGAACACCGGAAAGAUACGGGCGCGCGGGAACACAGCACGCUAACAACCGGAUCGCGUAUUUUCGAGUGCUGUAAAUAGGUCCCUGGGUGUAGACCGGAUCUCCGCGUAGCGUGUGACGACGAGGCACUACACUAGCCCAACGUGCUUGGCCACGCUUGGCGAUUCCCGUUUGCGGAUAUUUUUGUUUCUAGCGUAUAGUGUGUAGAAUCCCAGCGAAAAUGCCUACAUGGACGCAGAUUCAAUCCCAGCUUCGCAAUCCCAACAAUCCGGUUGUGUUUAUGGACAUUACCGUAGGGACAGCGGAAAUUGGCCGCAUGGUGUUCGAACUGUACGCGGACGUUGUACCGAAAACGUGUGAAAACUUCCGGCAGUUCUGUACGGGCGAGUACAAAAAGGAUGGCGUCCCGAUCGGGUACAAGGGUUCGAGCUUCCACCGCGUUAUCAAAGACUUUAUGAUACAGGGAGGAGAUUUCGUGAAUGGCGACGGUACGGGCGUCAUGAGCAUCUACGGCAGUGCCACCUUCCCCGACGAACACUUUCUGCUGAAGCACGAUGCGCCCGGCCUGCUCUCGAUGGCCAACAGCGGGAAGGAUACGAACGGUUGCCAGUUUUUCAUCACCUGUUCAAAGUGUAACUUUCUCGACUAUAAACACGUCGUGUUUGGGCGCGUGCUGGAUGGGCUGCUAAUUAUGCGGAAGAUCGAAAACGUUCCGACGGGGCCGAAUAACAAGCCGAAGCUGCCGGUAGUCAUAUCGCAGUGCGGCCAGCUGUAGCAGCACUCCAGCGCCCGAAUGUGUAAUAAACCCAACGAAGCACCGCUAGAAUCUUCGGUCGUUUAAAAGCAAGCAAGUACCGUUCCUAGAUUAUAAAGAAAAGCCGUGAUGAUUACUAUAAAGCGCGCACACACGCACACACACGUACACGCAUUCCAAGUGUGGUGCGCGGAGAGCAUAAUUAUCCACGCGGAUUGCCCCAGAUUGCCCUUGAAAGAGGAUUGGUGGUGGGUUGGUGUAUUUAUAAACAUGUUCUUCGACUAGCCUGCCUAGCCUGCGGACCAUAAAUAGUGCCCGCAGCGAGCACGUGCUGCUGGCCAUAGUCCUUCUUCAAAUUCGUAAAGUAAAAGGCCGCGCCUCACACCCUCCAUCCCGGCGUCCAGGAAGAACACUCUGCCUAACGAAGGUAACGCGGUUAAUGGUUUGCACGACCAGCUGGACAUGAAGCAGGUAUCCUGGCUCCGUUGCGGCUAAUCAAUGGGACCCGCACUUCUCAUCAUUCCGCCCACCCACUCGUUAUCUGAACCCCGAAGGGUCGCGUGCGCACACGUUUUGUUUUUACGAUCCAAAUGGACGUUUCACACGCAAUCGCUUGCGGGGCAGAGUGUUCCUAAGAGUAGCAGUGUAUUAGUAGUGGUGGUCAGCCGCAGGACCUUGCCAUACCUUCCAGCAAACAAACUAGCGCAACCGUCUCAGUAGAUCGAUGCUGUAGGAAGAACACAACCAAAAAAGAAUAAAAAGCCGGAAAAGCCCUAAACUACA